CUUCAAAGCAGAGAAAAGCAGUCAAGUCUCUCAGGGAUUUUCUACAGAAAUGCUAAUUGACUUUCUGGACACGGACAAGAUCUAAGGGGAAAAAAAUAGAACCUUCCUAAAGGAAGGGAGGAAAAAGCCAAUGUGCAUCUCUGUCUGAGGUAAUUUUCCCCUCUGGCACUUAGAAGAGGACUUUCACCCUGUGCAAGGAGAAUUAAGACUCCACAGACAAUCCAAGGGGGCCCUAAGGAGUGUGAUUACAUCAUCACAAUCCUGAGCAGAUCUGAGGAAAGAACUUCAUGGUCCCAAACCAAGGAAAUGUCCAGUUUAACACAGAGGGUUGUUGUGUCUCCUGAAUACCUUUCCCUUCCCUCGGGCCACGGUGGAGGUGACAAGGUCAGCUGGCUUCCGGAAGGCAAAGUGUUCAGUAAUGUUCAGAGAAAGAAGAUCAUUUCCAAAUUUCUCAAAGGAAACGUUCUGAAGCGAGUACUCCUAUCAAAGCAGAUGCAGAGGGAGGAUACCGACUCCCAGAAAGAGGAUCCCAGCUACACCUUUACUGGCACCAGAAAGAUUUUAAGGAAACAGAGGAGCAGCUACAACAAAAUGGGCAGAAGAAAUGGUGAGAACUGUGUCGCCACGGUCCAUCUGUCAAGCAUUUCUCAGGAGAAUGUAUCUUCCUGGAGUUUGGAUUCCGAAGUACCUGUUCUUGAAAAUAAAAACCUCCCACCUGGAAGGGAUAGUGCGGCAGGUGGCAAAAUUAAUAAGAACCAUUUGGAAAUUCCAGUAGAGCAACUGAUGCUAGAACUUAAUAUGUCAGAGCAUGCUCACAGGAGAACACAGAAUAGUAAACAAGAGCUGUUUCAGUUAUGGAGUUACCCUCUUAAUGAAGGAAGUACCAUGGAGAACAGGGAAUUCAAAAAAUCUACAAUGGAAACUGGCUUUAACGUAGUCAAUAAUCCCAUAAGGCUCUUUACCCUAAACCACUCAUUAACAAGUACUCCAGCUGAUCAGAAAGCUGGUUCUAAACUGGGACUGCCGAUGCCGAUAGGUCUCUACUGGCCCUAUGCUGACGGAGACUUUUUAAAGGACAGAAGUGAGUUUCAAAUUGAUUCAUGUUCACCUAUAGAAACCAGCAAUGGAGAAACUUUAUCUGCUCCAAACUGCAACCUUAAACAUGGAAACAGCAGUGUGGAAGAAAUUUUAACUGAUGAAAGUGACUUAUCAGAAAACGAGAACACUAAUGAUACUUUACUCAGCUAUUUUAAAAAGAUGGACUUGAAGUUAAAGCCAGAAACAAUAGAAAAUGUUGAGGAAUCUUUUACUGAGGAACCAAGUGAAGUAUUUCUAUAUCCUGAUUUUCUUCCCCCUCCUUUCAAUACUCUGGAUUUGCACAAAUUUGCCUUUUCAAGAUGUGAAAAUUGGAAAGCAACAUUGGACUCUCCAGAAAGCUCCAUUGAACAGCUGAUAACUCGUUUACUAGAACUGGAACGAUUACAACAUAUGACUAUACAAAAGGAGCGGUCUAGGCUACCAAGUGCUUUCUGUUCUCCAGCAGUUUCUGAGCGACCCUCUUCCUCCAAAAGUACAUUGAAAGCAAGGCAGCCCAAACUUCCUGACGCUUUGAGUCUUCUGACAUCUUGUGUAGAUAAAAGCCGAGAAAAGAGAAAAAACAGUUCUGGUUGUAGUAAGCUAGAACAAAAUGCUUCAAAGUGGAAUUGGAGUGGUGAUGGAAAAUAUAAAUGGAAUUCUAGAUCACCAUCUCUAAAAAGUUCACCAACCACAAAACAAUGUAUUGCAACUUAUGAUGAUUUUAAGAAUCCCAAAAGUUUCACUUCAAAUUCAUGCCAAGAACUCUCACCCAAGCCUUCCACCACCCAAACUACUCAAUCACUGGUUAAAAUAGGCUCAACAAGAUGCCUGCCAUCAAGGUCUCCAAUACCAGUUUCACCUAUACCCCUGUCUUUUCCUGAAAAUCACAGGGAAGAGAUUAAAUCACAAAGGACCAAAAGGAAACCUUACCAAAAAAGUAUACUAAUGAAUAGACCAUUCUAUAUUCAGAAACUAAACUGUUUUUCACCUUCGUUCAUGGAUAAAGGUAAAUGCUCACCCAUUGACCAAAAAUAACUCUUUUCUUUCAUACAUCCCAAUGUGAGCAAAUGUAUUCCAAGAAGUUCAUAUGAUUUGUCAUUCUGAGAUGCAGGCAUAAAAACAAAAACAAAACAAAACAUAAAUAAAUUAACAAGAAAACCCACACAAAUUGAUUGCCUGGCGAGAUACGGAGUGUAGCCUGUGCGUCACAGCUGAGCCAUCUGUAUACAGAUCCAAGGGCUUACACAUUGCUGCAUCUGACAAUUCUUCACGUUAUGUUUCAAAGAAACGUUUUACUUAGUAAACCUAAGUAUUCUCUUCAGCAGCUUGUUCUUUUGUUGUGAUUGUUUUCCAGUAUAACUCUAUCAUCAAUAAAUGGUAUAAUUGAUAGA